CAGAUCUGCACCCACUCAGACCAGGGUGCCUAAAAGACGAUCUUCUUUUCACUUCUCUGAGAUCUCAAUCCAGUUUUUACUGUUUGUUUGUCAUCACCUGUUUGCUUUGAUCUCAUAGCUGCUAUUCUUGUCCAAUUUAUCAAAGUCUUUAUUUAUCUCUAUUUUGUAAACGGCAGUAUAAUUCCCACUCUACACGCCUCAAAAAUGACCCUUUAUAACUUGAAUUCCUUGUCUACUAGAUUCUUUUUACAUUACAAAACAUUUUGAUUUUCUAUCAUCUCGUUUUUCUGAGCUUUCUAUUAAUACACUUGAGCGUUUAUUGUCUAUUCGCCCUCCCAAGUCCAGACUAAUAUCUAGUCUUCAUUUUUACUGUAGUCCUUCUUGCUUUUCCGUUUCUUCCGGGAGUUUUCCUACUUGUCAGGAAAGUUUUGUGGCCGCCAUGUGGUCCAACUAUUUUUUGCCGCAGCAGGAAGAGGAAGGCAGAGGAGGUAUGGCUGCAUUAGGUAAGACUGGUCGCGGGGGCAAAAGAUCAAGACCCCCUCGGAUGAGUGACAGCCAGGAGGGCAAGAUCAAGCUGUCAUUGUUCAUCGCAGUCAUAGGUGUUACUCUGACAGUACUGGGUAUGGGGACAGAGUUCUGGGUGGAGCUAUCCCAACCAAAACACUUCAGGAACAACCAGACGUGUGAGAUGGCACACUAUGGCCUUUGGAAAUCAUGUGUGCGCACGCUGUGGGUCUCAGAUAUUGACCCGGAAAGAGAAACCUGUGGGCCGGCAGAACUGCACGGAGAAUCAAACUGCACCUACUUUAAAUUCUACACUUCAGGGGAAAAUGCGGUUAUAUUUAAGAAAACGACAGAAAAGAGUUUGCAUAUGGCGACCUCAAUGUUGGCUUUGUUUAGUUUGUUUCUGAUGGUCAUGGGUGCCGUGUGUAUUACCAUGUCCCUCAGUAAAAGUGUGUCAUUCUUCCUCAAACCAGCAACCAUCUGCUUCGUCCUCUCAGGUGUCCUGUUAUGGUUGUCCCUCGUUGUUUUCCACCAGUCUGUGCUGGGCUUUUUGGCAAGUGACCACAGUAUCCCUCUCCAUCAUGAGCUGUCUUGGUCAGUAGCGUGUGUGGGUUCGGCUGGGGCCAUUCUCGUCUUUGCAGGUUUUAUGUUCUUAUUGCUUUCCCUCCCCAACAAUCCUCUGGAGAAAUGUUUCCACCAGCAGAGCAGUACAGAUGCUUAGCUGUCGGCAAGACUUCCUGUGAGUUAAGCACCAUCAGAUCUUUCGUACACGUUCAUUGCUUAAGAAUAAAUGAAAUAAUGUUCUAAAGGACUCACAAACCAUUCAACAUACAGAAAAAAGCUAAUUUCCUAAUGUUUUGCACACUGAUGUUAGAAUUGCUCCUUAACAUGGUUAUGGACAGUAAAGCAUUUACAUACAUGUCUGAAAUGAAUCCUCUGUAUCUUUAAUGGCUCUGUACAUAAAAUCAGUGACCAACAGAUCUGUUUACUGUUUCUUUAAAGGCCUCAUUUACACAAUAUGCUAUGUGUUUAUGCUUUGUGUAUUUAUCUAUGUUGCUGACUUGUAUAAGACACUGACUGACUUGAUUUUGUGUUGUAUGAAAAUAACACAUUCUUUCUUUAGAAAUGAGCCAUCCCUUCUUGUUCAUAGCAUAGGCAACAGCUACUAGGGUUUGCAUUUUCAUGUAUUCCCACACUGGUCCAUUCUGGUUUAUGCUGGUCUGAUGCUGGUCUAACUGGUAGAUUAGAACAUCCGUGUCACUCACUAGCAAACUUGGCUCUAGAUGGAUUCAUCAGACACACGCACCUGACCUGAAGUUAACAUCCAGUGUGUGUUUGGUUAUAACGUUUAUAUUUAAAUAAUAUUAACAUUAAUUAAUAUCAAUAUUUGAUUGUUUAUCAAUUGUAUUGAAUUAGAUUAAACCUUUUCAACAGUUAUUGAUUCUUUGCAGACAUCUACCGGAAGCUAAGUUUGGGCCACAUAACAUUUGUUUAUGUUGUUGCCGCUGAAACUGUCAAUUGGACCUGGUCGACCAGCAUGACCAGCAUGAUCACGGACACCAGCAUCAUAUUACAUAAUGGUUGUUUUAACAGGGUUUUCAAUAAACAAUAUAAUAGCAGACAUGAUAUCAUAAACAUCCAUUAGUAGAUUUAAAGGGGUAGUUCACAAAAAAUACAAAUUAUUUCCUAAUUUACUCACCACAAUAUUGUUCAAAACAUGUCUACAAUAUUUCUUCAGUGAACGUAAAAGAAAAUAUUUUGAGAAAUGUCUCAAUGGAUUUGUGUCCAGACCAUCGAAGUCAAUUAGGUUCACUGUUUAGUUACCAACAUUCUUCAAAAUAUCUUCUUUUGUGUUCUGCAGAAGAAUAAAUUCUACUGGUUCAUUAUGCCAUAAGGGUGAGUAAAUAAUGAAACAUAUUUAUAUAUUUUGGUAAUCUAUCCCUUUAAUUGAAUGGUUUAUUGUUUAUACUUGUGUACAGUUGUACUAUACAGACUCACUGUUGAGCCACGAUUCAGUGUAAAUAUUUUUUGGUAAUAUUGUACUUCCGUUGCUGUGAUAGUGCUUUUCUUAAUCUCAUCCCAUGUUCUAUCAUGUUCUCCUGACUUACCUCUACUUCUGCUUGUUGGUUAUUUCUGUCACACUCUUUCUCUAAUUUUGCUGAAUGAUUAAAUCUCUUUCACCUAAGAACGUUUCCUCUGCUCUCUUCCUUACUUGUUUCUUAAUCUCACUUCUCUUUUGACGCUCGCUUGGUCUAAAAUUAGUGCGUUGGUCAUCUAAGCACAUCAUGUUGAAAUGAAUGAGAAAUAUUAUACUAGAAUUUCAACUAUGCCCCCCCUCAACGUUCUCUCAAUGUUGAUCCCUCUUGGGCAGAUCUGCUGUUUCCCUGCGU